AAAAGAAUGAGGAAGAGACAAAAGUGAUUGAUUGGUCGGAAAAAAUGGAAGCGGCGAAGAAACAGAGUGUUACAAAUCAGCUUCUCGCCGUGAAAACAGCUUCCGGCAAGACUUUUAGCCAAUUAGCGGCGGAGACUGGUCUCACCAACGUCUACGUAGCUCAGCUUCUCCGUCGCCAAGCUCAGCUCAAACCGGACACAGUCCCGAAGCUUAAGGAAGCUUUACCGGCUCUGACUGAUGAACUAAUCGGAGAUAUGAUGUCUCCGCCGUGGAGAUCUUAUGAUCCUAAUCUCAUUCAAGAACCCACUAUCUACAGGUUGAAUGAAGCAGUGAUGCAUUUUGGUGAGAGUAUAAAGGAGAUUAUCAAUGAAGAUUUUGGCGACGGCAUCAUGUCGGCAAUAGACUUCUAUUGCUCUGUGGACAAAAUUAAAGGAGUGGAUGGUAAUAAUCGUGUGGUCGUUACACUUGAUGGGAAGUAUCUUUCGCAUUUCGAACAGGUUAGUGUUUCAUUUUAUAAUGCAUGUUAA